GCGUGCUGCUUCUUUUUCCACCCCGUGUCUCUUUGCUUCCCUCUCCCAACUACCCAUCUCUCUCUUUCUCCGCAGGGGAGUGGCUUCAUUGGGGACACCAGAAUGCGGUGAAGAAUAUCCGGCCGGCGAGCUUUCUACGGUGGUUUUGCACUGGAAGACAUGGCGUCUGGGGAGAACCCCGUGUGGCUCCCCGACUACGGCCUCAUCGAUAUGGACGACGUGGGGAAUUUUGCUGGAGAUUUUCCCUGCACCGUGGCGGCGGACGAAUUCUACUCGGCGUUGGGUGCCGUGCCGGAGAUCAGUCCAGAAGUGAGUGGUUCAUUUGAGGGUUCUGACUAUCAUGGGAAGUCAUGUCAACUGAAACGCAGCAGGACUGAAUCUUGUGGUGCGUAUGGCUCCAAAGCAAGCAGGGAGAAGCUGCGAAGGGACAAAUUGAAUGACAGGUUCUUGGAGUUGGGUUGCUUAUUGGAGCCUGGAAAGAAGCCUAAGACUGACAAAUCAACUAUACUUUGUGAUGCCAUUCGGGUUGUGAAUCAAUUGAGAAAUGACGCAGAAAAGCGAAAGGAAGAAAAUGAACAACUCGAGGAAAAGGUCAAAGAAUUAAAGGCGGAGAAAAGUGAACUUCGUGAGGAAAAGUUAAAGCUAAAAGCUGAUAAAGAAAGGCUGGAACAGCAGAUGAAAGCAAUAACCAUGCCUGCAGGUUUCCUACCUCAUCCUGCAGCAUUUCAGGCAGCAUUUGCCGCUCAAGCCCCAGCUCCUGGUGUAAAACCUAUGCCGUUUAUGGGUUACCCUGCAAUGCCCAUGUGGCAAUUCCUGCCACCAGCGCUAGUUGAUUCGUCAAAGGAUCCUGCAGGAGUCUCUCCUGGUGCUUAGGUUGCAGUCCCCUUCUGACUGUCAUUUCUGACUGUCAAUUUUUCAUACUUCAUUUUCCCCUUGCUAUGGUACUUCUAGAGUGAACUGCUCUAUUUCUAAUUUUCUUGGAGAUGCUUUAAGUACAACCUAUGUAAGACAAUUGAGGCUUUGGCUUGUAAAUGGGCAAUAAUUUUUUUGUCGAUGGUCAACAAGAAAUCUCAAACCCAUUUUGGUGCA